AUGAUCAUUUAUACCGGCUACAUGCAAAUCGGCGAUCACAAUGUUGCGAUUGCAUGUUUGCCGGCAGAAAUCACAGGCAAGGCGUCUGCUGCGACUGUUGCUAGAGACAUGAUCCGCAGUUUCCCAGCGAUGAGAUUUGGGUUGAUGGUUGGAGUCGGCGGUGGAGCACCAUAUUAUGGUGUGCGAGGAAAUAAUGGGUUUCUGGCCACGAAAGAGGAGGGAAACCCCGACGAUUCUGAAGACUCUGAAGAUGGUUCAGAAGAUAUACGUGACAUCCGGCUUGGUGACGUUGUGAUAAGCCUUCACUCGAAGUCUUCUGAAGCUGUUGUGCAGUAUGAUUUUGGGAAGUCACUGCAGGAAAAGGAGUUUCUACGAAGCGGCGGCGCCCUGAAUAAACCUCCAAGCAUUGUUUUGAGCGCCAUCGGUGUCCUCAAAGCCCAGCAUCAGUUGGAAGGGCAUAAGAUCUGUCAAACAUUGGCAGAGAUGGUGUCACGCUAUCCAGCACUCGCAAAAAAGUUUCAAUAUCCUGGAUCUCAGAAGGACUAUCUCUUUAAGUCAGAUUUCGUUCACAAAGCAGGGAGAAGGACAUGUAAGACUUGUCGCAGCUCGGAUAGCAACCUUGUGAAGAGGCCAAAUCGCCCUGACAACUCUCCACGAUUACACUACGGGACCAUCGGGUCAGCAGAUCAAGUGAUAAAUGACGCCAUACUAAGAGAUAAAUGGGCACGCGAGGAGAAAGUUAUUUGCUUUGAAAUGGAGGCUGCCGGUUAG